AUGAGGAAGUUUCUGUCUCGUAGAGAUAAGCGCCGAAGUGUGAUUGCCGAGCCAGCAAUUAGCUCGUUUGGCUCUGCCACACUAGAAGAUGCUUACGAAUUCAAAGAAACAGACGAUUUGAACGAUUCCGUGGCGGACCUGAAUUUGCGGACUGUGCCUCGGUCCACCUCUCUAGAGGCCACGAAACGCAACUUGAUCAAAGGUCUUUCCACCAAGCGCUCUACAACGUCGUUGGCGGCAAACGCAUCCUCCAGUGGGGUGCAAAGCUUGAUAGAUCCUCAGUGGGACGCGGAGGUGCUCAAAGUGGGUUGGCUCAAUAAACUUCCUGACGAUAUCAGGGAUGGACCUCGAUUGUGUCGCGCCGAGGUGAAGGGAUCGUCUCUUCUGGUCUAUAGACCCCCACCGGAGCUUGAAGACGUGAAAUGUUUUGACAUAGACAAGGAAUCAAGUUACAGAAAUGUGGAAACGUCCACAACAAGUGAAAUUAGUCUCCAUUCCAGCAUGGACGAAGAGUCCACUCUAUUUGAAGAACAGAGCCGGUCACGGAAUCCUACAAUUCUGACAAAACUGCCACCUGAAGUUUCUGGGUCGCAGUUCAGUAUUGCCACAUCGCUCUCAUCGGCCAACGUCCACUUGGAACAUGCCGCGGUCGACUACCCCCACCCGGAUCUCGAGCUAAGCUCAGAUUCAAGAACAAUUGUGGACGGCUCGCUCGAGAGUUUGUGUCAUGCGGUGCUUUUCAACCCGAACCGGACCGUCAGCGAGGAGCUGCUACAGAUCUUGCCGUUGGUUGCUAACGUGAACACGGCUCUGCAAUAUUUCCAAAAAUACAUCCAGGUGAUGGAGCAAACAGAAAAGGUGUCUGCUAGUAAACAUGUGGCCGAGCACAACAAUAAAAUGGUGGUCUGGGCAGGCCGGCUUGCGCUUGUGGUGGAAACGAUAACGAACCGGUUUUCAGGAUUACUGCUGGACGAGGAGGUGUUGAGUUCGAUUUGGACACUCUUGGUUUUCGUUGACAUUUAUCAACCGUCAGAUAGUUUGAAGACAGCUAUAUUCCUCAGGUACCAAGAACUGACCAAGCUACGGAGCGCAGACACGGAGUCCGGUCGUCUGGCUGACCUUCCAGCCAAAACUUUCCUCGAGACUCCUUUGGAGACUCUCGCUUCUACAAUCAACGCUAUCAACCUCAAAUAUUCCGCUAGUUGGAACCCACAGCGCGACGAAUCGCUUCUUUACGAAAACGCUUCUGAAAACCACCCACAAUGGCGUUCCAACCCUCUUCUCUUCCGUUCUCCAAACAACCUUCACUAUCUUGCUCGUUUGUUGAGCUACCAUCUGUUUGAAGAUCCUCAGGUGACCACAGCUGCUCAAAGGGCAGAAGUUCUUGGCAAAUGGAUCCAGCUAGGGUCGCUACUUAACAGCGUGGGUGACAUGGUGAAUUGGCUUGCAAUUGCAACCGUCAUCUGCUCUACGCCGAUCUUGCGACUCACCAAGACUUGGGCAGCAGUCUCUGCGGAUCUGGUGCAACUAGUUAGCUGCAAUUGGGCACCCGUCGCGUUUGAACUCGAUAGGCGUGCAAUUGUCAGUCCUGCCAGCCACCGCGCGUCUUACCACGUUCUUGCUCCUCAAGGAAUUGGCAAGAACUAUCCAAAGGAGAACGUUGUUCCAUAUUUUGGUGACCUGUUUGUGAAAAAGGCACAGUACUCGUUCGAAGAUGCCAUCCGCCAUGUCUCCAGAAUUCAUGCCUCUUUUGCCAAAUGGGACGAGUAUCUCAAAGACAUUCGCAACAGUCGGUCUGCGAUGAAGAGUAUUCAUACCAGGACAGAGGAUCCAGAAACUCUCCAGAAGCUGAACAAGGUGUUUGGCUACCACAUCCAAUCGGCGUCGUUUGGAUUGAAUGCUAUUAUGGAACAUUCCUUACGUGUGGAGCCGGCCUAUACCGGCCAGUUCAGCAAACUGCAUGACAAGUCAAGAACGUCGCUGUUCCUUGGAUCGUAUGCUGCUUUGCUUUUCCCAGAAACACUUAAGAGCUAUCGUAUAUUUGAGCGGGAUUCGAUGGUGGGGGCCAUUGGCGGAGGCAAGACCUCCCAUACUGCAAUCUCUCAAACCUUGCCCCGCGCGGGGGAGGAGGCAUCCAAGCUGAUGAGCAGAAACCAGUUCCUCAAAGCUGUACGUGAUAUUUUUGAUGUUGACUCUCACGAGUUCCAUGUGGAUGAUACCAUUGUGUUCAAGACUAACGAUGGUCCUGCCGUGAAGGGAAGACUUCAGGAAUCCAGCUUGCUUCUCAGUGAAAGUAUGAGCGUGAAGCGGUUCAGCAACUACUCGUCCAACAGUUUAAGUUUGGAUGAGUAUUUCAACACUGUUGAGUCUAUGGUGGAGGAGAACGAGGCCAAAAAGGAGAAGCUGAGUGUGGAAAUUUUGACAAAGGCUGCUACAGUGGACAAGCUGCUGAACUUGCUGGUGUUGACGUACUCUACUUUUGGUUCAAAGUUCAAAGAGCAAGAUGUCAUCAAUUUUGUUGGAGAUACGCCUCCAGACUCUAUCGAGCUGAAGAUGGACAACGGUGUGUUCAACAUGACGUUCUUUGCGGUUUACCGAGGAUUCUGCUCUACAACGGACGUGUUGGAAGGAAUGAAGAAACGGUUUAUAGGAGCAAGAGCUGCAGCAAGAGCGUUGGAGCAAGGAACUGAGCCGGAUUGGGACGCUGUCAACGUGGGCAGAUACGCUGAGACCAAUUGGAAGUUUGUGGCGCAGAUUCAACUUGGUGUUCUGGAGAUCUUGUUGAUCUUGGUGGAGAACUACUAUCAUCAUUUCGUUGACAAUCUUGAGAACAAAACUAUUUUCGACACACUCUUGAGAACAAUCGAUAACGAGACAAUUGUACAAUGGUCCAAGAUUCUUCUUUGGUUGGAAUCUGACGAGUUUGUCAACAGGGAGUACUUGCAACAGGUCCGCAGACUCUACACUUCGAUUACAGAGAUUUACAAGAAGAUGAGAAAGACGUAUGUUCGCAAGUGCUACAGGCCGCAAACGGGACCAAUUGUUCCUGUAUUUACGUCGAAUCUGACCAUCGUGCCAGCAGACAGACUUUUGCCAAGAUCUGGCGACUCGGACAAGCUGACCAAGUUUGUUGAAGAUCUCGAUACUACUCUGGCUUCCUUGUACAGUCUGACAACGCUGCACGACUGGAUAGACACGUUUGAGAUCCUGGAGACCCAUGCGAGCGAGUCGCCGCUCAGUUUGUCGCAAUACGACUCCCAGCCAGUGGAUGUUGCUGAGGACAAGAUGGUUGUUUCCAACGUGUAUUGCUGGCUUGCCAGUGUGAAGGACUCGAACGGACAGUACCUCGUCAACAAGUUUCCUGCUGGAGUGAGAUGUCUGUUUGAAUUCUACUUUAGAUUGAAAGCGUAUCUUGCAACGCAAAUUCUGGAUCCCGGGUUGCAGGAGUCUGAUAGAGAGGACAGAAUGCGUGUUGCUACCAAACUGUUGGGCAUCACCAGUUCUAAGGAGAAUCCUCGUGUUCCUGGCAUGUUGGAGAGCUGUCUGGUGGAUGUGAUUUUGUCGCCCGAGUCCAGAACGUUUGCUCAUAUCUGGAAGAAAAUUGCCCAGACAGAGUCUCUGGAUAGUGUUGAGCAGCUUGUCCCAGAACUUCCAGGACUCAAGGUUUUGCCAUGUCCUGGCUGGCUGGCAGAACGGUUGCUGGAGAUUGCGUGCUUCAUUCCAAACAAGAGCGUUGAAAACACCAACCUGAUCAACUUUGACAAACGCAGAUUCGCAUACAACUGUAUUUCCAACACGCUUGACAACGUGCCUGAUUCCGAGUCUUCCCCGCUGGAGACUCCUUUCGGGUUCCUGUUUGAGUGCAGUUGCAUGCUGCCAACGCUCGCCGAGCUGUGUCCAAGCACAGAGCCGAUCUUCUCCCGCCAGCUGGAGCAGCAGAAACAGUUGCUGGCCAUCGAGGCUUCCAGAAGACGACUGUUGGUGAAACAGACCCAGAGCUGGACUGCUCCUCGCGAGACACACAGAGACCACCGUCGUGACAGUGUUCGUGUCUCGCGCAGCGUUCCGAUCCGGCCUUCCAGCAGCAGCAGUAGCAGCAGCAAGUUCAAGCUGGGCGGAUUGCUCAAGAGCAGACCGUUCAGCGUCAACAUGGGCCACGGCGAGCGGAUCUCGGGAGUGGACGAGCUGGGCGUUGCUGACGACUUUAUCGACUCGAAGCAGAGACCAGUGGUGGCAGUGAAUUUGAAGGAGUACACAAUCUUCCCAGUGUACCAAACCCCGUCAUCGUUUAAGCUGAGCAGCCCGUCCCAGGAGCUGAGUUUCCAGGCCAUCAGCGACCCAGAGAAGAACGACUGGCUGUACCAGCUGAACUUCGCCAAGAAGCACUGGUUCUGGUCCAAGUCCGCCAACAAGUACACGCACCACAACUUUGUGUUUGGCGUUCCGCUGGAGUUCAUCUGCGAGCGUGAGAGCCGCGAAAUCCCAGGCAUCAUUGAGAAGAUGAUGAGCGAAAUAGAGUACAGGGGACUCGAGGAGACUGGGUUGUACCGUAAGUCUGCGUCUGUUUCUGUUCUGAACGAGAUCAGAGAGGUGGUGGAUCUGAACGGAGACCUCAACAUGGAGCACCAGCUCGUUUUCGACGUGCACAACCUCACGGGAGUGAUCAAGCUGUUUUUCAGAGAGCUUCCUGAACCGUUGAUCACCAACUCUGUGAUCCCGGAGUUUGAGAAAAUCAAACAGCUUGCCCAGUCCACCGACAGAUUCGACCAGUACAAGGAGAUCAUGGCGAAACUGCCGUCGUGCAACAGAACGCUACUGGCACGGUUCGUCAAGCAUCUUAAGAUGGUGGACGAGUACAACCAGCAAAACAAGAUGCCUGCUUCCAACUUGGCCAAAGUGAUCGGCGGUCUGUUCAUUGAAGGAUGCCGGCCAGAAAACAACCAGUACUUUGGUCUCAUGACGUUUGUGUGCGAGGACCUUAUUCUAAACUACGACCAGGUCUGGACUUCAUAA